AUGGGCGACGGCCGAAUUGUACUGAUUGGGAACGAGACCGACAUCCUACAUUGCGGCUUUAAUUUUGCAUUAAGUCAGGGCGGGAAAAGGUAUUUCUUAUAAUGCCCAUUUUUCCUUUUCUUUUUGUUUUGAUUCUGUCUAUUGGUAUUCUGAAAAACAUAGAUGGAAGGUCGAAAGAUCCAAUUUGUGUGGUUGCAGGUAUCCCUCAGCAGAUCAUUAUGCUCAUGCGAUGAUUUUGAGCCAGCUGGGCCUGGAUGAGGUCCAUGUCCUCGAGCUUUUGGCCACUCCAUCGGCCGAGGUUCCGAGAAAGGCCCGCGAAUUGUUGCAAGAGAACAUGCCGCAGGGCCAUGACAUGAAUUCGCUGGCUCAAUAUCUGGUCAACUCGAGGAACAGCUUCACAAUGAAUGCCAUGAGAUUGAGAGCUGAACAAGAUCAAAGUAAGUGGUUUUUUAUUUUCUUCUUGGUUUUUAGGUAAUGCAAAGUAAAGUCGAAGGCAAAAUACGUUUGUCUGCAAGCUAAAGUUAUUGAUAAAACAUGAUUAAAGUCUGUUUUUUGCGAGAUACCAAGGAUUAUAUUAGUUUAGACAUAAGAUAUAAGGUUCUAGCCGAAUCUUGACGACAUUUUUCGAUUAUUCGUCGUUAAAUUGUUCUUCCACUUUUUUCACGGGUUGGUCUUGCUUUCAGACUUGGCGUUGGUGCUCUAAAGAGGUCUCCUUGAGUAAAAAGAUGAAUUUAUCUUGUGUAGGUAUCCAAAAAAAAAGUUUAGUCAAAACCAGAUAACUUAAGGUUUUUGCUUUGAGAUAGUUGCAGUGAAAGAUAAAUCAAGACUUUAUGAACGUGUUAUAAAGUUUGUGAGCCGUUUUAAUUAGUCGAAUAUCCAUUUUUCAGAGUUUGUACAAGCCCUGGUUGAUACCGAAAAUGGGCUGCUUGUCGUGUGUGAUAGAAAAGAUUCUGAAUUGGGUAUUGGAAUGGAAGAAGAGGCGUUUGUGGAUUUUAUGAAACGCCAUAGCGCCGGAUUUGAGGUUGUGAGUCGUUGGAUGGCGGAUCCGAGCAAUAAACCCCAUGAGAUUGGGAAUAAUCAACUUGGAUUCUUCUUGAUGUGGCUGAGGUUUGAAAUAAAGUAAGAGGAGUUUAAACAACAUUAAUUUGGUUGAACAAAUUCUGAUUGUAAAAUUUUUUUUUGAUACGAAAAUUUCGUUUAUUUUACAAUUGCAUGUACUAGAUAUUUCUUCAAAAAAUUUUUUGAAUUUCAGAGCCAAACAAACAGCAAAGUGGACAACUUGCUCUGAGAUUGAGGUGGAUGGAAUUAAUGUGGAUAAUGACGGGGAAACGUUGCUGCAAAUAUCCGCAUCCAACUUUGUGAUAGCCUUGGAGGUAAGUAAUGAUGUAACUGGGACGAUUGGGGAAACAGAUACCCAAAUGCUCAGUAGAAUACAGGGUGGGCCACUCGAAACGGGUAAGUUUUUUCUUUGGAUUUCUCCGCGGAGACUCCGCCGAUUUUUCUAAAAUUUAGAUUUUUCUGGAGCUGAGACCCGCCAUUUUUAACCGAUUGAAUUUCAAAAAAACAUAUUUUGAAUUGACCUUUCUAUGCCUCCCCAAAGUUUCGAAGAAUUAUUUUCGGGCCGAAAACUUUGAAAAUUUUUGGAAUGAUUUCGAAAACUUGGUCAUUUUUUUCGGGUUUUUGGGUGAAAUUUUCUUAGUUUUAUCUCAUAUAACUAUAAAAUAAUGUUGUAAAAACAAUUUAUUUUAACGACCUGAUUAUUAAUAUUUCUAUCUGAGUUCGAAAUGCCCACUUCCUCUCGCAGCACAAACUUGUAGGAGCUUUGAGAGUCUUGAGAGUCGUGAACAGCUCGAAUUGCAGAUCGUGAACAUCGUCUAUCUUCAAUCGGGCUGGGCUCCAAGCCUCAACGACUUGGAGCUGGGGCUCGUAGCCAAUUGUGUGGACUUUUGCAAUGUCGUUGAAAAAUUGGGUUUUUUUGAAAGUUCGUACCCUAGCAGUAACGCAAACAACACUAUUUUUGCUUUCAAUUUUCCUUAAACAAGUUUAGAGAGAGCAUACGAAACUUUUUACUUCCCGAUUUUACCAAAAAAAAGCCAAAAAUUUUCCAAGUCCGAGAAAGUCAAUUGAAAAUCAUUCCAAAAAUUUUCAAAGUUUUAGCGGUUUCGGCUCGAAAAUAAUUCUUCAAAACUUUGGGAAGGCAUAUAAAGGUCAAUUCAAAAUAUAUUUUUGUCAAAUUCAACCGGUUAAAAAUGGCGGGUCUCAGCUACAGAAAAAUCUAAAUUUCGGGAAAAUCGGCGGAGUCUCCGCGGAGAAAUUCAAAGAAAAAACUUACCCGUUUCGAGUGGCCCACUCUGUAUUUUCUAGACAAGUGUAAAAUAUUGAGCAGUGGUUUUCGUGCUUUUGGGUUUCUCUUAAAAUUUUUCUUAAUUUGCAAUCACUUUUUUACAUCCGGAGUUGGAGGAUUGGGGAAAAGUACGAUUGGGGAAACCGAAAAGUAUUAUUUUUCUUCGAUGCAAGUGAAAAAUUAGGAUAAUCGUGGGUGCUGAUUUCGAAAAUGGCAUUUCUUUUUUUGAUAGUUUCUUUUUUCUUUAAGUAGUACUGUAAUGUAGUCGUUUUAAAUUUUUUUAUGAAUAUUCUAUGUAGGGGUUUUCGAUGGUUCUGAUUUCGAAAAUCCUAUUAAUUUUUCCCAUAGUACUAAAUAGUACUAUCUGAUACUAUGUAGUACGAGGUGAAAUUUUGGCCUUUAUGUGUUAAAGAUGUUGUUCUGGUGCCUAGUACUAUAUCAGAUAGUACUGUUUAGUACUAUCGGAAAAGUUAACAUGAUUUUCGAAAUCGGAACCAUCGAAAACCUCUACAUCGAGUAUUCAUAAAAAAACUUCAGAAAAUUACUACUUUACAGUGCUACUUAAAGAAAAAAGUAUUGUCCUAAUUUCACACUUGCGUCGAAGAAAGAUAAUACUUUUCGGUCCCCCCAAUCGUCCAACCCCGGUGAUGGUAGUAUAUUUUUUUCCAUUUUGCGGCUUCGUAUUUUAAAAGGCGUUUUUCUUAAUUUGUGGUAAUUUUUGAAACAACUUGCAGGGAAUUUUCCGUCCUCUGAGCAAUUAUCACGUGUCUCCAUUAGAGCUGAAGGGGGAAACCUAUCGGUCGGUGGAGCACUAUGCAUAUCAACGACUCUUCGAAGCCCUGAAAUUGGAUGAACUUGAAAUCAUGAAACUUCGCACAACCGUGAAGCCCUCGGAUCUUCCAAUUGUGGCAAAUCGAGUCGCGAAAAGACUUAAAGUAAUAUAAAUUUUUGAUUUUUUUUGGCGUUUUUGUUCGUGGCUUUAGGCAAUUGAUUUUUUUUUUUACUUUUUUAGGUGGAUCCCGGUGAAUUCGCCCAUAAGAAACUAAAGAUGGAUCGUUGGCGGCAGUCCGCGAUGAAACAUAAGUUCAGCAAGAACAGCGAUCUUCAACAGUUGCUUUUGAGUACUGGAUUCGCGAUUCUGAUUGAUUGCACUGGUGAGCUUAUAAUUUUUAGCGGAGUUGGACGAUUGGGGAAAAAGAGGAUUGGGGAAACCGAAAAGUGUUAUUUUUCUUCGAUGCAAAUAUGAAAUUUGGAUAAUCUAGGGUGCUGAUUUCGAAAAUGACAUUCAUUUUUUUUUGAUCUUUACUGUUUUCUUUAAGUAGUACUGUAAUGUAUUAAUUUUUUGAUUUUUUUCACAAAUACUCGAUUUAGGGGUUUCAAUGGUGCUGAUUUCGAAAAUCUUAUUCAUUUUUUUUUUGAUUUGAAAGCAGCAACGUCUAAAACCCCAAAAUCGAGUAUUAUUAGUAUUAUUCAUGAAAAAAAUUCAAAAAAUUACUUCAUUACAGUACUACUUAAGGAUAAAAGUAAGCUUCAAAAAAAAUGAAUGUCAUUUUCCAGAUCAGCACCCUCGAUUAUCCUAAUUUCGACACUUGCAUCGAAGAAAAAUAACACUUUUUGGUUUCCCCAGUCGUCCCAGUCCCAAUUUUGGAACAGUUUCUUGUCAUGUGGACCAGAGAUUACCGCGGCCAAAAUUUUGGCUCGAAUGUCAGGCACGUUGAGCUACACGCGCUCAUUGUGCCUGACAUUCAAAAAAAUAUUUUUCCAAAAAUGAAUGUUAUUAGUGUCAGAGAUGACACACCCAAAGUUUUUGACUCAAGUCGCAUCCUUACCUGUAUCCCAGUAUUUUUCAAGCAAGCAAAAUCACGAAAAAUUUCACUUUUUUGAACACUGCGAAGCAAUUUUUAGAUAGUGUUUUUUUUUCAAAAAUGUGAUUUUUUUCAAUUUUUUUGAUGUUCUUAAAUUGUUAUUUGGUUUUUUUUUGUUUUCGGUGAUGUAAUUUUGAUCCAUUUCAGACACCGCAGAAAGCAAGUGGGUCUCGAAUGUGGAUGAGUUUGAGCUCCAACACCUCCUCACCAAAUCCUACAUCACUCCUCAUGAAAUCAUCGACUACAUGUGCGAACGCAAAGAACCCGCCAAAUCCUUGGCUCAUCUUCAAGGCAAUCGCUCGGGAAUUUUCCUGAUGGAACUCCGCAGAAGGUUGGCCCAGCAGUCCGAUGAAAGAAUCCCCUUGGUAUCUCCGAUCAUUGCAAAUGCUGUAAAGACUGGAGUGUCCUCCCAUAUGAUUUGUUUCACCCCCGAAAGUGUGUUGCAUCCGCUGUAUCCGGCCGAGAUUUAUGUGGACGCGGUUAGAUAUCGAAGUCCGAUUCAUUGGGUCGUUCAAAGAGCUGUGAAGUAAGUAAAAGAUGCGAGUUGAUCUAUAAAAAUUUUUGACAAGGAAGGUACUUUUAUGGGUAUGGAGUUACAGGUCGAGACAUGUAUCAAAAAAAUUGCAAAAUUUUUCUAAUUCAGAAUAUGUAAAAGUUAGCUGCCUAAUUUUGAUUUGUAAGGGUGAAAAAAUCCUCAGAAGUUUUGACGCAACACCACGAAAAAGUUUUGUUUUGAGCUAAAGUAAACCUUGGAAUCUUGACAAUUUGAUUAAUAAUACACCUUAAUUAGAAGUUCCAAUGUAAAACGGGGGCUUUUGCGUGGUUUUGCGAGAAAAGUUUUGAGGAUUUUUUCACCGUUACAAACCAAAGUUAGGCAGCUAACUUUUACGUAUUCUGAAUCAGAAAGAUUUUGCGAUUUUUUGAUAUAGAUCUCGAUCUGUAACUCCAUACCCCAUAGAAGUACUUUCCUUGUGAGACCCUUGAGAUAACGUUUUCGAUUGUUAUUGCCGAAAAAACGAUUUUAAAAAACGAAAAAACAAAAAUGCCACGAACCGGGAUCGAACCGGUGACCUUUAGAUCUUCAGUCUAACGCUCUCCCAACUGAGCUAUCAUGGCGAGUGGGGAAAAGGGCUUCGGAAACGUACAAAAUAGAUUAUAGAUAGAAUAGAGGCUAGCAUAGAACAAAAAAAAGAUUUUGGGCUUCAUUGUUCUAUUUCUUGAUAAUUUAAACAUCAAAAAAUUAUUUUGGAAUAAAAUUUUAUUUUCGAUUUUAGAUUUUUCGAGCUCGACGAGGAAACGGAAAAAUAUUUGCUGGAUAUCGAAGACACACUCGAAGUAUGGUCCCAUCUGCAUUACAUUCUACAUGACAUCAACAUUCCCAAAGAAAAAAUCCAGAGCUGGUACUAUGAGGAGCGUCAAACCGCACUUAAAGAAGCCUCGAGGUAUCAAUUCCAAGCCCAUCCGCCAUUAUUAAGAGCACUUUUGGAGACGGAAGACGCCCUCCUAAUGUGCUGCUCCAGGUUCUCCUCAUCCGAAGCGGAACUCAGUGUGGGAAUGCGCGAACGAGAUCUGCGAAUGUGGUGCGCACAGAUCCGUUACAGCACCAGGGAGUUGAUCGACCUUUUCCAGCGACCAAUGGCCUUCAGACCCCCAUUCGUUGGCGGAAAUCGAAUCGGAUUGAUGUUAAUGGAACUGAGGAGGGAGUUCAUCCUAAAUGGAACCAUCCCUCAUCUUCUGCCGGACCUAGGCAUGCCGGCGGAUGCAGUUCUGGGAUCGGAAUCACCUUUAGAGAACUAUGUUCCACACGUGAAUUUUGAAAUCAUGGAUGAUAAUAAUUUCUCGGCAUUGUGGGCAAGUAAGUUAUGAAACAGAACGGAUAUGAUGGAGAGAAUAGGAAGGGAAAAAAUUUUUUUUGAGAGAAAAAUUAAUUUUUUUACAAGGAAAGUACUUCUAUGGGGUAUGGAGUUACAGGUCGAGACAUGUAUCAAAAACAUCGCAAAAUUUUUCUGAUUCAGAAUAUGUAAAAAUUAGCUGCCUAAUUUUGGUUUGUAAUGGUGAAAAAAUCCUCAGAACUUUUCUCGCAACACCGCGCAAAGCUUUUUUGACCAAGUUUUUACCAAAUCAAAAGCUUUGGUUUGAGCUAAAGUAAACCCUGGUAUCUUGAUAAGCCUUAAAAUAUCAAAUUUGAUUUUUAUACUGCACCUUUAUUAGUAGUUACAAAUUUAGUCUUAAUGUUAUAUAGGAACUGCUAAUUAAGGUGUAGUACUAAUCAAAUUUGAUAUUUUAAGGCUUGUCAAGAUGCCAGGGUUUACUUUAGCUCAAAACAAAGCUUUUGGUUUGGUAAAAACUUGGUCAAAAAGGCAUUUGCAUGGUGUUGCAAGAAAAGUUCAGAGGUUUUUUCGCCUUUACAACCCCAGAUUAGGCAGCUAAUUUUUAAAUAUUCUGAAUCAGAAAAAUUUUGCGAUUUUGUUGAUAUAUGUAUCGACCUGUAACUCCAUACCCCAUAGAAGCACUUUCCUUGAGAGAAAAAUUAAUUUUUUUUUAUUUUUUUGCCAAAAAAUAUGAUUUUCUGAAUUUUUAGAUCCCCUGAUUUUGGCGACAAAACAACAACCAGACUCGGAACUUCAUCGACAAGCAUGCUCAGUCAAAGCCAAACCCCCACUAAUCGCAUUAAUGGACGAGGAAGUGAAUAAAAUCAUCCAUUGGCAAAAGGAGUUCCCAAAACAUAAAUUUGCGUCGAAGGUUGCCAAUGAAUCCAAUGUGGAAGUGGCCCGAGGCGCGAUUGUGAAGUACAUUUUGAUGAUACGAGCCGGGUUAUUAAGAGAUAUGCGGGCACAGCGAAUCCUCAAUUUUUAUUCAAGGCAUACGAGCAAUGUUCAGGGACAUCGAAGGGCAAUUGAGGUAAGAGUUUUAAAAUUAUUUUUACAAAAUUAUAACAAAAUUUUGUCAUGGAUAAUAUAAAUCAUUUUCAGCAAAGAGGAGACCUCCAACCACUCGCCCCCACCUUCCCACCACCACCCAGAGAACGCCAUCCGCCAUGGCAAGGCCCACCGCCGCUCAUGGAUCGGCCCCCGUUUCGGGAAGACUCCCCGAAUAUGCACCGAGGACCCCCACCACCAUUGAUGGAUAUAAGAAAACGCGAAAGAUCUCCGCACAGAAGAUUCGACAGAAGAGAACACGACCGAGAAUGGGAACAUCGGAGGGAUAGAAGAGGACCGGCUGGAAGAAUGAGAGAUGUUUCACCGGGUAAGAACAAAAAAAACCACGAUCUUUGAUUACAAAAUAGAAAAUCUGGAAAUUUUUUGAUAAGUUAGCCGAAAGAACCUGUUUAAAAUAAGUUUUAUGGGUGGUAAGACGCCAUGAAAAUGAUUUUGCUAUUUCACUUUAUUUGGUUUUUAUUUUUUUCCGACCAAGAACGCAAAAAAGCCCACGGAAGCAAAAAUGCCACGAACCGGGAUCGAACCGGUGACCUUUAGAUCUUCAGUCUAACGCUCUCCCAACUGAGCUAUCAUGGCAACGGGGAGUGAGCGCUGGGGACUCGAAGAGAAAAGAAGGGGAAAACGAGAGGGAACUUUUUAGUGAAUAAAAAAAGGUUUUUUCUAGGAAAAGGAAGCUUGUUAUGGGCGGGAAAAUAUUAAGAUUACCGGGAUAAGUUUGGAUGGAUUUGAAUGGGAAUGUAUUUUUUUUAAUUCCAAAAAAAAUUUUUUUAAAUAUCGUCUGAGCAAAUCAAUUAAUCCAAAGUAUAUUUUGAUGAUAAAAUUUAAAGUUUCAGACCGAUCGCGCUUCCGGAAUGGCCGAAAUUUUGGUCCACCACCUCAAGGGCCUCGCAACGGAACUGUCUUUACCCCACAGGUGCCAGAACCAACGAAAGAGAAAGAACCCGAACCGCCAAAACCGAAGAAACCCAAGAAAGUCGUCAACGAAGAAGACCUCUCCGAAGGCGAAAUCCUCAGCUCGGAUGAAGAUUAG